UCAUGUCGGUCUUGAAUAAAUUGUUGCUUGUUUUAUCCGUGGUACCCAUGGCACUGAGUUACCCUUUCUUCCCACCAACGUGCUACUCCAAGGCUCUCAGGAUGGCACAAGAACUCACCCAGAUGGCAGCAGAUUUGAAGAUAGGCUAUGAAACUGGUCACUGUAUGGCACACAUGCCUGAUCUUUAUCUUGAUAUCCAUAAUGCUUGUGUGAUGCACAAAAUGAGGACCUACAUCUCCUUGGUGGAAGACCUCAGAUUGCGGCGCUGUGCUUACACUAGAGAAGUGAGGAAGCUGGAAGUCACCCUGCGACAGCUUUUCAUCAUCAUGGGAGAGAAAUGCCACGGGGACCUGGUGUUCACAAUCUAUGACUGUGCUGCGCUGGAGCGUCCAUACCAUCGAUACUGA